AUGGCACAGAACAACGCAGAGGUGCCAGCAACAUCUUCAUCACAACAUGAAAGAGACAAAGCUAACCAAAAAGUUCCAUUCUACAUGCUCUUCACUUUUGCGGAUCACCUUGACGUGGCGUUGAUGAUCAUUGGCACGAUUAGUUCCGUCGCUAAUGGCUUGUCACAGCCUCUCAUGACCGUUAUCUUAGGGAAAGUCAUCAACACUUUUGGCUCCACCGAUCCAUCACGUACUAUCAACGAAGUUUCUAAGGUUUCAUUAUUAUUUGUUUACCUGGCUAUUGGCUCUGGAAUAGCCUCAUUUCUACAGGUAUCAUGUUGGAUGGUGACAGGAGAAAGACAAGCCGCGAGGAUCCGUGGCUUGUACUUGAAAACUAUAUUAAAGCAGGACAUUGCCUACUUUGACACUGAAACAACAACUGGCGAGGUCAUUGGAAGAAUGUCUGGUGACACCAUUCUCAUUCAAGAUGCCAUGGGAGAAAAGGUUGGGAAGUUUAUACAACUUGCUUCAACUUUUUUUGGUGGCUUUGUGAUUGCCUUUAUAAAAGGAUGGCGACUAGCUGUAGUUUUGCUUGCAUGUGUACCUUGUGUCGUCAUUGCUGGUGGAGUUAUGUCCAUGUUGAUGGCUAGAAUGUCAAGUCGUGGGCAAGCUGCUUAUGCAGAAGCAGGAAAUGUUGUUGAGCAAACAGUUGGAGCUAUUAGAACUGUUGCAUCUUUUACUGGCGAGAAAAAAGCAAUAGAACAGUAUAAUAGCAAGUUAAAAGUUGCUUAUUCUUCGAUGGUUCAACAAGGGAUGGCCUCGGGAUUAGGAAUGGGAGUGCUUUUGUUGAUUAUCUUCUGCACCUAUGGACUUGCCAUGUGGUAUGGUUCCAAACUGGUUGUUGAGCAUGGAUACAAUGGUGGAACCGUCAUGAAUGUAAUCAUAGCUCUUAUGACUGGUGGAAUGUCACUUGGUCAGACAUCCCCAAGUCUAAAUGCAUUUGCUGCAGGCCAAGCAGCAGCAUAUAAGAUGUUUGAGACAAUUAAAAGAAAGCCCAAAAUUGAUGCUUAUGAUACCAGUGGUGUUGUCUUGGAAGACAUAAAGGGAGAUGUUGAACUCAAAGAUGUUUACUUCACAUACCCUGCAAGGCCAGAUGUGCAGAUCUUUGCUGGAUUCUCAUUAUAUGUUCCCAGUGGCACAACUGCUGCUUUAGUGGGUCAAAGUGGAAGUGGAAAGUCUACUGUAAUAAGUUUAUUAGAAAGAUUCUAUGAUCCUGAUGCUGGAGAAGUGCUUAUAGAUGGCGUGAAUUUGAAGAAUUUUCGACUUAAAUGGAUAAGAGAACAGAUUGGGCUGGUUAGUCAAGAACCUAUCCUUUUCACGGCCAGUAUCAAAGAGAACAUAGCUUAUGGGAAAGAAGAUGCAACUGAUGAGGAGAUAACAAUAGCAAUAACACUUGCCAAUGCCAAAAAGUUCGUUGACAAGCUGCCUCAGGGCCUUGACACAAUGGCAGGACAGAAUGGCACUCAACUUUCUGGUGGGCAAAAGCAAAGAAUUGCGAUUGCAAGGGCAAUUUUGAAGAACCCGAAAAUCCUUCUUCUUGAUGAAGCAACAAGUGCUUUGGAUGCUGAGUCUGAACGUAUUGUUCAAGAAGCAUUAGAUAAAGUUAUGUCAAAAAGGACUACUGUAGUUGUUGCUCAUCGUCUAACAACUAUUAGAAAUGCUGACACCAUUGCAGUGGUUCAACAGGGCAAAAUUGUGGAGAAAGGAACUCAUGAUGAGUUGAUCAUGGAUACUGAUGGAGCUUAUUGCCAGCUUAUUCGUCUACAAGAAGGACAAAAAGAAGCUGAAGGUAGCGGGAAUACUGAAGCAGAUAAGUCAAGAAACAGUUUCAAUAUAGAUAGUCACAUGGAUAGAUCUUCAAGCCAAAGAACAUCCCUUGUGAGAUCAAUAAGCCGAGGUUCAUCAGUGAGUCGACACUCCCAGUCAUUUAGCUUUGCUCUUCCUCAUACAAUUGAAAACGUUCAAACUGAAAAUAAGAGGCCCAAAAAGGUUUCUAUUAAACGGUUGGCCUACUUGAACAAGCCUGAGGUUCCUGUCUUACUGAUUGGAUCCUUUGCUGCAGCAGUACAAGGUGUUGUGUUCCCUAUAUUUGGCUUCUUGUUUUCAUCAGCUACUACUAUGUUCUAUGAACCUCCAGAGCAGCAGAGGAAAGAUUCUAGGUUCUGGGCACUUCUAUAUGUUGGUUUGGGUUUAGUUUCUCUGGUGGCAUUACCAACGAUGAAUUACUUCUUUGGGGUUGCUGGUGGAAAACUUAUAGAAAGAAUCCGUUCAUUGACAUUUGAAAAGGUUGUGCACCAAGAAAUCAGUUGGUUUGAUGAUCCUGCAAAUUCUAGUGGUGCAGUUGGUGCAAGGUUAUCUACUGAUGCUUCAAUGGUGAAAAGUCUUGUUGGUGACACCUUGGCCCUCAUUGUGCAAAACAUAUCAACAAUCACUGCUGGUCUAGUUAUAUCAUUCACUGCUAAUUGGAUUCUCGCUUUUAUAAUUCUGGCUGUGUCUCCCUUGGUCCUUAUUCAAGGAUUCGUUCAGAUGAAGUUUCUAAAAGGAUUCAGUGCAGAUGCUAAGGUGAUGUAUGAAGAGGCAAGUCAGGUGGCAAAUGAUGCUGUUGGUAGCAUCAGAACCGUUGCAUCAUUUUGUGCUGAAUCGAAGGUGAUGGAUAUGUACAGGAAGAAAUGUAUAGGUCCAGAACAAGAAGGUGUUCGGUUGGGCCUUGUUAGUGGUGCAGGAUUUGGUUUCUCAUUUUUGGCUCUAUACUGCACAAAUGCUUUCUGUUUCUACAUAGGAUCUGUUCUUGUGCAACACGGGAAAGCGACUUUUGCAGAGGUUUUCAAGGUUUUCUUUUGUUUAACAAUUACAGCAAUGGGGCUUUCCCAGACUAGUGCAUUGGCACCAGACACUAACAAGGCCAAAGAUUCCACAGCUUCAAUAUUUGAAAUUCUUGAUAGGAAACCUAUUAUUGACUCCAGCAGCAAUGAGGGUAUGACACUGGAAACAGUAACAGGUAAUAUUGAACUUCAACAUGUCAGUUUUAGUUAUCCAACAAGGCCUCAUAUUCAAAUUUUCAAAGACCUGAGUCUAAGCAUCCCAUCUGGAAAGACUGUUGCCUUGGUUGGAGAAAGUGGCAGUGGAAAAUCAACAGUUAUCAGCCUCUUAGAGAGGUUUUACAACCCUGAUUCUGGACAAGUACUACUAGAUGGAGUGGAUAUCAAAAUGUUCAGACUAAGCUGGCUGAGGCAGCAAAUGGGUUUGGUUGGUCAAGAGCCUAUUCUUUUCAAUGAAAGCAUUCGUGCCAACAUAGCUUAUGGCAAAGAAGGAGGUGCAACCGAGGAUGAGAUAAUUGUAGCAGCACAAGCAGCUAAUGCACACGGCUUCAUAAGUUCUCUUCCAAAUGGUUAUGACACCCCAGUUGGAGAAAGAGGGACACAAUUGUCAGGAGGGCAAAAGCAGCGUAUUGCCAUUGCAAGAGCCAUGCUGAAAGACCCCAAAAUCCUUUUGCUAGAUGAGGCAACAAGUGCACUUGAUGCAGAGUCAGAACGUAUAGUCCAAGAGGCUCUAGACAGAGUCAGUUUGAACAGAACUACUGUGGUGGUUGCUCACCGUCUUACAACAAUUAGAGGGGCUGACAUUAUAUCAGUAAUAAAAAAUGGGGUGGUUGCUGAAAAGGGAAGCCAUGAUGUGUUGAUGAAGAUUAGUGGUGGAGCUUAUGCUUCAUUGGUAGCUCUACAUAUGAGUGCAUCAUAA